CAACCCCUUUGUACGAAAGAUCUGAUCAAAAUAAACGUGCAAAAACAACUUCACAAACUGCGUGCGUGAUAAAUUUUGAGAGGUGGCACAUUAUUAAUUUCUAUGAAAAAUGAACCCAAUUAACAGCUUUAUAUUUCCGGAUAUUCCGAAGGAUUUGAGCAAAAUCCUCAUGAAAGAUGACAAGCAGCUCAUUGUGGUCGGAAUAAUCGGAAAAUCUUCCACGCCGGAUUGCAACAAACUGGUCGGGUUCAACCUGCUCACGAUUCACCCGGCCCUGACGGACACGGACCUGCGCGAUGGCCGCGUCAAGUUCUACUUUGAGAACGAUGGCAAGAUUCUGUAUUUGCACUUUGAAACGACGUUUGACCAGCACGUUAUGGCCGAUUUGCUGGCGAAGGCGGUUCAGACGGGAAUUCAGGACAAUUUUAUCAACUUCAACAGCACUGUGAGGACACGGUUUGCCCGGGUGUUGCUGUUUGCGAUUCAGGUGUGCCACAUGAUUGUGCUGGUGGAACCUUCGUCGGUGUUUGAUACGAGUUAUCUUUCGAUUUUUAAAUCGCUGAAAAUUAUACGCGAGAAAUAUGUGCUUAAGUUUUUGCCUAAGCUGUUGAAGAGUUCGAACCUGGGCAAUUACAUGGGCAAGGAGGCACGUUUGUGCAGCCCGAGGUUUAUAUUCUUCUUCGAGGGCACCAGCAACAUCAAGCCGGAGGACGUUGAGAAGUUGGACGGAUUGGAAUGCUCCGUCGAGGAGGAGAUUUACAAAAUGUUGCGCAACGAGUUCAUAAUUACGAACAACAGCGCAAUGUCGUUGUUUUCGAUUCCGAGAAGCAAGAAAUUUGUCUUUUACAACAGUGAUAAACGAGCUAAAUCGAAUCCGCUGGCGGACUCGAUCGAUCUGCUGAUGAAAUACCUGAACAAACCUGCCGGCGGACAGAAUGAUGACGACGAAGAUCUGAUGAGUAGACUGCGACCGUACGAUGGCUACGGAAUGUCCGCGUGGAGCGUGGGCAAGAGCAAACGGGCGGAGAAAAAGGAGCGGAGCAUUCUUGCGCUGCUGAAGGAACACGUGGCCGAGGCGUUCGAGCAUGGGUUCGACGAUAGCGCCUCAAAGUAUCGCGGAAGGGGUCACUUUGUGAUUCCGACCUUCAAAACGUGGUACGAAGGAUUCAAGUUGCUGCACAAGAUAUUCAUCGACAACCCAAGCAAUUCAAGCUACGAAACCAACGAUCCAGAAUAUAAAGCAUUCCUGCAAAACUUCCACAAAAUCAUCGACAUUGACGAGCGCUUCUUCGCGGAAAUCUGCGAGCACGGCCUCGAGCUGGCGAUGGUCAACUACAAGGACAUGCUGCCGCAUCACUACAGCAGCACGUUCCACGAGAAAAAGUACGAACAGGCGCACGAGUUGUUUACGCGUUACGCCCGCGGGCCGGAAGUGGAGCGGCACGAGCAGAAGCUGAAGGACUAUUGCGACUCGAUCUGGCUCAACGGCAAGCAGCAGUGCGAGUAUCCCAGCUUGAGGGGAAAUCCGUGCGCGCUGGGCAAGCACAAGGUCAAAGAUCCGACGGAGCAUUCCAGCGGGGUGAUCUUCGUUUCCGCGUGUAAUUGCGGACGGACUCAGGGCCACCGGGAAGAUCCGUACACGAUCCGGCAGGGAAAUUACGACUUUUACCAGAUCAUAGCGAAGAGUUGUAGCAGCUGCAAUGUGCUCGAAAGGGUAAAGUUCCCCGUGUUUGAACCGUCCAGCAACGACUUCCGGGCGGCGGAGUUUAUCAACAAGAAUCUGUCGAAUCUGAUGUCGUUUGAGCACUCGAACCGAACGCCGGACGCGAGCACCCAUCCGCCGAUGACGAACGACAACUCACCGCAUCUGUCGGGCAGUCAAAAGAGCCAGGACAGCGCAUCGAAUCUCACCUUCAGCAUGGACGAAAAGCGGGACGAAGAGAACAAGUCGCAAAAGUUUGGCACUCAAGGCGAAGACGAGGACGAAACGCUGGAGCAGGAAACGGUCAACGAGAUCGUCAUCAAGGUUGGAGAACAUUCCGAAGACAAAGCCAUCCUGCGGCAACCUUCGACCACGGAGUACCUCCCCGGAAUGCUGCACGCCGCAAGCCCCGCAGGUUUGCUGCCCCAAUUCCCAUCCUGGUCGCUGGUCUGCCUUGGACCCAGCUCGAUCUACACUCACAACAGCGGCAUCCCAGAGCACGUCCAAAGUGGCUUCCUGUCCGGCGCCAACUUCCUGCUCCCGUGGGACGUCAGCGUCCGUCUCGAGCACGCCCAGUCGUGGGCCGCGUCGUACGAAAAAAUCCGCAACCGCAAGAAAAACACCUCCCAAUCAAAGUCCAGCGAAUCGAGCAACACUUUCACUCUGAAAAUCUUCCUCGGCGUCGAGUACGAGUGUCUUCGCGGACAUCGCUUCAUCAUGAGCGGUCCCGAUACCGUCCUCCGCGGGGGAUCCGGCUCGAUCGUUCGUGACAGUGGCAGCAAAGUCGUGUUCAACGAUAUGCCCAUCUACUUCCCGUGUCCCUGCCGGAGCUCAAACAUUGCCCAGCUGAUGCGAGUCCACGUGGUCACGCCAAAGGCCCCAGUGAACGUGAUCGUCGAGCCAAAGGUGCGAAUCCUGCAAGGCACCACCCAAAACUGUCUCACCUUCACGACUGGCCUGACUGAGCCGAUUAAGCUGAGCCAAAGUGCGUACUGGAUACUGCGGCUGCCGUUCAUCUACGAAGGGGACAGCGGGCCGUUGAUGCCACCGGCGGGCGUGACGGUGGCCAAUGCGGCGACGCAUGGAGUGCUGAUGGCCGGGAUGUUUGGAAUUAGGGAGAGUGAAAUCAGUGAGGAGUUGUUGUAAGUUGGGGGUUUCGUUGUUUGUCUCGAUAAUAAAGCUUAACAUGAACAAGAAGUGUAAAAUGA